UCCAAAGUUCAAGGGUUUUCAUGAGCACGUAUCUUGAAAGAGCGUGCAGAGCACAUGAAGUCUGGGCUUGAAAGGACCGGACUGAUUGGAUAACAUUUGAAAACCUUAGAAAAGGAAUGCAAAGUGAGAGCCAACAGGGCUCGGGAUAGAGAAUAGUGUUCCUCGGCAGGUCAGAUCCACGUCUGGACGAAGGUGGGCGCCAUGGCAGAGAGGAAGGGCAGCACUGUCUCAAGCACUCACUCAAAAGGCGGAGCUGGUGUGUAUACAAAGCACAUCCAAAGGAAGCUCAGCAGGGCCCAGGAGAAGGUUAAGCAGAAGUUUGGCAAAUUAGAUGAGACACGAGAUGCGCAGUUUGAAAUAUGUGUUGAAAACCUCCAAGAUCAACAGAGUGAUGGACACAGAAUAUACAAGGACCUUAAGGCAUACUUAAAUGCUGUCAAAGUGAUGGGAGAUGCUUCUAGUCGUCUUUUCCAGUCUUUGUUCGAUGUCUAUGAGCUUGACUGGGAGGGAGGAGAGAACCUUGGGGCUGUUGUGGAGGGAGAAGACCUGCUGUGGAAUGAUUAUGAGACCAAACUGCGAGACCAGUUGUUCACCAUGCAAUCCUACAUGGGCCAGUUCCCAGACAUUAAAGAAAGAGUGGCCAAGAGAAACAGGAAACUUGUGGACUUUGAUUCUUCUCGCCACCACCUGGAGUCGCUGCAGAAUGCUAAAAAGAGAGAUGCCAUUAAAGCAGGCAAGGCUGAAGAGGAGAUGAAAUCAGCCAAGAAGAUCUUUGAAACUAUGAACUGUGAGCUAAAAGAGGAGCUUCCAGUUCUCUACAACAGCCGCAUCGGGUGCUAUGUAACAGUCUUCCAGGCUAUUUCUGACUUGAGGGAUAUCUUCUAUAAGGAAAUGUCCAAGAAUAAUCAGGAUUUACAGAAUGUCAUGAGCAACCUCAGUGCCCAACAUCCUGAAAAGAAAUUUAUGAUUAAGAACUUCAGCCGAAGCGGAUCAUUGAAAAGGAGGUCACUUAAAGAUACGUUGUCUCCCAGGUCACUGAGAUCCAGCUUCUUAGAGUUCCACGCCAGUUACAGUCCCAAAGGUCCUCUCAGGAGAGAGAACUCUUCCAGUUUCAGGUCUGACAGAGCUGUCUAUGGAUCUUACAGCCCUGAGCACCAGACCAGUCCCAGCAGGUUUAAACCCACAGAGAUCCCCGAUCCCAGGGUCGAAGGCCCAGACCAAAGCUGCACAAGUGAGAAAACCCUGCCAGGGGAGGACACGCCUUCUGCUGCUACAGUGACAGACAACACCGAAGCCUCCGGAAGGGCCUGCAGUGAGGUGAUAGAGGGUGACCAGCCGUCAGUCUCGCGUCCAGACAAAGAAAAGACAGGUCCGUGUCUAAAAGACGAUUCAUCUUUGGAAGCUAGUGACGAGAAUGACCAGGAAAAGAAAGAAGAUCAUUCUGAGAGAGCCAGUCCUGAGACGUCUUGCACCCUCGAUGCCCCUGAAGUCCACAGUCAGCACUUGGAGCAGAUGAAUGAACCUGGACCUGUUGGAAGGGACAACGGAAUAGCAGAUAGCGAAGAGUCUGAAGGCUCCUGUAAGCAUACCACCAUGAAUGAUAUGUUAGGCAAAACGAAGGAGGAAACAGAAGGGCCUCUAUGAAGAAAAAGGGUUAGUAGGGAUGAACUGGAAUAAAUGGAUCACUACGUUAUGUUGAAGUGAAACCUACACCAUGUGUUUGUAACACAUCAUAGUUCUUUCAGCUCUUUGAUUAAAUUGUAACCUAUUAAACAUAAAUGAUCAAAUUACCAUAUUUACUUGAACCUACUUUAACUGCAGCUGAUUAGAUAUUACUAUUCAAGUUCAUUUCCACCUGUUUUAUGUCAUUCAUUCACAUGCAGAGUUGCUGCACACACAACCCUGAGACUGUUGAUCUAUCUCUUUUUAUUUCCAUGUACCAAAAAUUAUUCAAUUUACUUUGAUUUUUUUCUUAAAUUUAAAUUGUUGUGAGCUGUUGACAAAAUGCCACAAAUCAUGAAUAAAUUAGUUGAAAGAUUCCUGUUUAAAAUAUUAUUUAAUAUGUUAUAUUUUCCCUAUUCAUGGGGACCAUAAUGUCAGGUGUAGCCAGCAUGUCGUUAUUAUAGAUAUGAUAUGAUAUGGUAUGAUAUG